UCCUGUCUGAUAGGUGAGCUGCCGUUGCACAGGCAGAGCAGCUUAGGUAGCCAGAGAGCACAGAACUGAGAAGGACAGAAGAGAACAUCACCAACAAAAGAGAGAUGUUUUCCACCAGAGUAAAACAUUAACAAUACACUGAGAAUAAAAAGGAAGGAGAAACACAGGAAAGAAUGGACUUUCAGAGAAGAGUAAAGCGAAUGCUCCAGAAUGCGAAAUGACCCAGUAGACACUCCGUACUGGUGAGAAUAUAUGGACCUGGGGAUCUAAUGUGGCCUUUGCGGCUCUGGGACGCACAGGAAGUCGCUCUUUUCCUCAGCCUCACAUUGUAUGUGUGCCACCUAGCCGGAGCCAUCUCCAUACAGUCUCCACAGCAGAGUCUGACCAGGCCUGUCCAACAGGAUGUAUUGUUCUCUGUAGACAUCGCCUGUGUUGGGACUCCCACCAUACAGUGGACCUUUAUGUCUGGCAGGUUGGGCAGAGACAUUGGGGCGUGGCAACCUGGUGGGUUUACCAAUGUAUCAGAGGACUACAUGGACAGAGUCCACACAUACACUAAUGGAUCUAUGGGACUGUCGGACCUACGUAUUCAGGACGCCGGCUUCUACGUGAUCACUGUGACUGAACUGUCCGGGAGCAGCAAAGAUGAAGGAUUUGUCUUGAAGGUGGAAGAGGUUCUGUAUGAGGACCUCCAGUACCUGGCAGUGUUUGCUGUAGGGCUGGCCUCCCUGGCUGGCUUUCUCAUGGUCUCCAUGUGGCUCAUGGACAAAGCCUACAGCCAGAUCAAGGCAUGGAGACAGAGGCGGCAGAUGCCAGAGAAUGAUGUAACGGACCUGCAACCUCUCUGAUAUGAAGAUCUAUGAGACAGCCAGAUGACACUGCCCAACAACCAAUCUGAGCUCAAAUUAAAGACUAAUGUUAAGCGUCCACAGCAUGUAAAUAUGACCGGUUUACUGAUUCCAGGAACAGAUGAAGGAUUGUCAACCUUACGUGCCUCAAGACGAGCUGCAUGUAUUAUUUUACUGUACACACAACAGCUGAUAUUAGUCCCAUGCUAUUUUAUGUAAGGAAACACACUGACAAGUGGAAACAAAU